AUGAGCAAAAAGUUCAAAUCUCAGGCCUCGAGCAGCCGGGCUGCGGCCAGUACCUUUGGCGCUCUUGGUGGAUUCUCCAGCGCUUUCUCUAGCCAAGGGAGAGAGCCAUCCUCUCUUACAUAUGUGGCUGAGCCGCCGGAUCUUUCCCGCAUCUCGGAAGCGCAAUUGGGGAUUGCGUUCAAGAACUUCCUGAAAAAGGAUGAGGUCACCAGGACAAGAGCACUAGAUGAUCUGAGAGACCAUGUCUCUGGGGUCGAAAAUCGCGGCGGGACGCUUGACGACGGGUUCCUGGAAGCUUGGAUUAAAAUCUACCCGCGCGCAUCCAUUGACCUUUCCCGUAGGGUGAGGCAAACAGCCCAUGCGACUCAAGGCUCCAUUGCCUGCCUCGUGGGAAAGCGGGUUGCCCGCUUCCUCCCCAAGGUCAUCGGCGCGUGGCUUGCGGGGAUCUAUGACAAUGAUAGACCGGUCCACCUGUCUGCCUUGGAGUCUUUCACGCGGGUUUUCACGACCGACGCGAAGAGGAGCGGCGUCUGGAAGGUCUACCAGAGCGCCAUCCUGGACUUUGUGGAUGAUGUCAUUCUGCAACAGACUGCGCAGACAUUGAGCGAUGAAAGAACCGUCAAGCCCGAUGACGCAGAGGCAAAGUAUGCGCGCGUAGCAGGAACCGCCCUGUUGUUGUUCAACCGGGUCUUAGGACACUCCACCCAUGAAGAUCUUCAGAAGGAUGUGGCCACAAUCGAAAAUCUACUAGGUAGCAAGUCUUUGUGGGCGCUCUCUUACCACGACGACCCUUUUGUCCGGAAAUCACUCUAUAUUCUCACCCGGUCAGCAGUCUCUAAAGAGCCUGAGGAGCUUGAUUGGAAGCUCAUCAGUGCGGCCUUGAUCGGCAAGGCCUUGCACAGUUCCCAACUAGGCUCCGCAUCGGAGCUGUCAGAGACGAUAUUGCAGGUAACAUCUGCAAGGCCCCAAUUAUGGACCGGAGAUUAUUCCGGAAAAUCCUCUGCUUCAAAGAGACUACUCCAGUACAUACAAAAAGGUUCCCAGAGCGGAGCAAGUGCAUUCUGGCCAAACUUAUACCAAUUGCUGCAGACAAUUCCAUUCGAAACCCUGGAAAAGAUCGACCUGCAAUCGGCUUCCGGAACUACUCUUGGGCUGUCGAGUGCGGUUAAGUUGACAGAAUCAUUCCAGGAAGGACUGAACUCAAGGGAUGAGCCUCGGCAGAAUCGUGCAGUUGGUUGGAAGGCCUAUAUUGAUACUGUCGUGUGGCUUGCCGGUCGGCUUAUUGAGGAUGAUAGAGUGAACUUCCUGCGCGAGAGGCUUUCUCCAUUGUCAUUGCAACACGUCAAGCCUGAACAAGAUCGUCCGCAAUGGACACUUCCCGUCCAAUCAGCUGAAGCUAUCUGCACCGAUUGUGUCGUCGCUUUGAGUGUGCCAGGGUAUGAACCGGUGUUGACGCAAUUGUGGACGGAGUUAUGCGAUGGCCUGCUGGAAGCGGUGAAGUUAUCAUCACCCGAGCAGUCCAAGGACUUUAGGUCCUCCCAGGACGCAGUAUGCGCGCAAGCUGGAAGGCUCUUUGCCUUGGAAGCCUCGUUGCUUUCUCGUUUGACCGAUACCGACCUUGAAGCAAGAAUUGUGGAUAUCUGCAAGAACACAAAUCUACCACUGCUUGAUAAUUGCUUGGAGGUAUUGCGCUCUCGAAAUGGCAAACCGUACGGGGCCGCUGCGGUCGUCGAAGAAAUUAUCCGGAACGUUCCACAGAUUGCGCAGGGCUCCCAGUCGCUGCUGAGCUUUGUCCAGGACGAUGCCCCAGAACUCCUGGCAUCGCCAUCCGCCGAUCGAUUAGUAUCUAUCAUCAUGGCUUGCCGAUCAUGGGAUGGAUAUGGUUCUAGCUUUGAGAAGGCUGUUGAACAUGUUGCGCAAUCUGAUCCGGAAUCCUCGAAUGCACAUGCUGUGCAGAAGCUCCUCUCAUCUCUUGAUUUCCAGGAAUUGGGCGACAAGUCUGGACUGACCUCCUUAAUCAUGCGAGCCCUCGACCGAGCCUGCAAAGGCAGCGACCUUCACUGGUCGAUUGUUAUAGCGGUGCUGCAGAACCACACCUCUCAUGGGGAAUUGACGGAUUCCAUAUUCCUUUCAAUUGUCGAUUCCCUGUCUGAGGAGAGCAAGGUCUUUGAUACACUGCAAGGACUUUCUCGGAUUUCGGCUUCUGUCCCCAGUGCAGUUCGGAAUUUCCAGAGCGGAACCCAGGGCUCCAAACUGUCUGGUAAGCUGCUGUUCCUUACGGAAUCAUCGGAUGAAGAAGUAGCAGGUCUUGCGGAAUCGCUGUCCAGGACUCUGAAAGAGUCCGUCGUCAGUGAAGCAAGUGCCAAAUCAAGCUUUGAAAUCUUGCAGCAUCACUUCGAGAAUGUCAACGAGGAGUCUGUUUCCAUCGGAUCUUUGUUGGGGAUUGCCGAAGAGCUGCUACAAAAUGUCAAGCCCGAGGAUAUCGGCAAAGUCGCCAAAGACAUUCUGCCUUCCCGACAGUCUUGGGAAGAUGCUCUGGGACCUUUCCUUGAGCUCCCUCCUCGGCUAUCAGCUGCCAUCACGAGUCCGCUUGCCGGUACCGUGCAUCUGGUUGAUCGCAGGGUGUCAGGCACAUUCCGCGAGCGCUACACACGUAUUCCCCGCGACUCCAAUAACUGCUCGUCGGCAUUCCGGCUGGCAUAUUACACCGUUAAAAUCCUCUCUUUGUUUGACCUUGCCGGAUGUCUUGGUGUCGAAGAGCUUGAGACGCUGUUCUACAAUGUGCCUCUGGCGGUACAGCUCAUUGACGAUGACUUGAGCAUCCAGAACUGCAACGGGAUAACCGGCCUCACACUUCCCGAGCAGCGUGAGGAGUACAUGGAAAUCGUCAGCGAUGGCCGAAAGGUCAUCAAUAGCUGGGCUCAAUCGCAGGAAGCUGGACAGGGAGAGACAGUCGCUUCUAUGCUUUCUACAUAUUGGAAAGACCAGAUUGAGAAGCGGGAUGCCUUGUCCCCGUUAGACUAUCAGAUUGGAGUGGCUUUUGUGAAGAUCAUGGAGUCGGUGGACCCCUCGAACAAGAGCCGGUCUUCAGAAGAGGUUACGCAACUUUGUAGAGAUAUGCGCAAGGCGAACGCUAUCCGCUCGGCCUCUUGGGUAGCUGUGUUGCGACCUGCCAUCCUGUCCAAUCCCGCCGGUACGCGACUGUGCAACGAGUUUGUCGCCGACUCCACGGGGCUGAAGCCCCAGGAAGAGAGUAAAGAUGGCCUUCGCAAGCUGGUGCUGCUGAACCUUCUGUUAUCUGGCGAAGAAGACGUUGCGGCUUCUAUUCCCACGCAGCGUCUGGUUUUCCUGACCAAGCAUCUCAUCCAAUGUCUCCAGGCUGAAGGCGUGUCGCUCAGUGUGAAGGCUGAGACCUUCCAGACCCUGGCUGUAAUGCUUCCUAACCUACAGGAAAUCUAUGGCUCUCACUGGGAGACCUGUAUGGAUAUCCUUAGCACGACAUGGCAAGAGACCAGUGGCGGCGACGAAGCUCUCCCGGCUCUGUUAUCGUCGUUCAGGCUUUUUGCGCGUCUCCAGUCGUUGGCAGGGGACGAAGAGAGUAACGACGACGUGAAGGAUGCGUGGUCGGAUCGAAAGACAACGCUGUUCAACAGCUUGACGUCCACGCUCCGAAAAUUCGAUUCUUCGACCACCUUCCACCAACCGCGAGAUGUAGUUGUCGAGUUGUUGUGCCGCUUCCUCAAUGUCAUCCCGAUUGACAACCUGGAGGACGUGAGCAAGUUCUUCCCACUUCUGACCGCGCAGAGCCCCGCGGUUCAGCGGGCCGCCUACACUGUCCUUCACCGGUACAUUCCGAGCGUGCAGGAGCAGGUGUCUUUCGAUGUGGCACUGUCGAAGACGACGGUCGGGCUGCCGGAUGAGCUGAUGUCUCUGCUGCUUGAGGCGCCAACGAUGGAAGCGGUCAAUGCCGCAUAUGGCGACGAUAGGUUGUGGGCCGCAGUCCGGUCGUAUCUUCUGAGCUGGAAGGUGGUUUUCGACCACUUUGUGAAUGCGUCUCUCGCGGUCCAAGAAAACUACGUGGCCAGCAUCAAGGAUAACGAAAGUCUCAGCCCGCUGUUAGAGUUUAUGUUCGAUUUCCUGCAACGAUCGCACGGAAAGAUGGUGGAUGCGUCCAAGUUCGACGUUCGCUCCUUCGAACUCGACCAGUCCGAGAGCCCUGAGUCUGAGAUCCAGUGGCUUCUUGUGCACUUGUAUUUCCUCUGCUUGCGGCACCUGGCCAACAUGACGAAGGGUUGGUGGCUUGAUACAAAGAAGCGCAUCAAGGGGCCUGUGGCGACUUGGACUGAGAAAUUCAUCUCGCCUUUGGUGAUUGGGGACUCGUUGCAGGGGGUCACGGAAUGGAUUUCGACCCAGGAUCCGAACGAAGAGCGCGCGCUGAACGUGAAGAUCGCCUCCAAGACGGCGGAGAUCAUCGCCAGCAUCCCGGUGGACGAGGACUCACCGCCGGUGGCAUUGUCUAUCUCGCUUCCUCCGGCCUACCCAUUGCAGCCGGCGUUGGUGGUUGGCCGGAGCCGAGUGCUGGUGGACGAAAAGAAGUGGCGGAGUUGGCUGCUGACGAUCCAAGGCGUGAUCAUGUUUGCCAACGGCAACCUGGUGGAUGGGCUGCUGGCGUUCCGAAAGAACGUGCAGGGAGCACUCAAGGGGCAGAGCGAGUGCGCGAUCUGCUACUCGGUGAUCUCGACGGACAUGCAGACCCCGAACAAGCGGUGCGCGACGUGCAAGAACACGUUCCACUCGGUGUGUCUGUUCCGGUGGUUCAAGAGCAGUAACCAGAGCACGUGCCCGCUGUGCCGGAACAACUUUGUGUAUGUGUGA